AUCUCUUCCAAAUCCGCGGUUUUCGCGUAGCGCGGUGUUGUCGUCAUCCCAAUCGACUUCGCAAAGCCCCGACCGAGCCGCGUGGACAUCUGCGGCGCCUCGCUUCUCCCAUCACACACACCACCCCCAAUCAAUCCAUCGCCAGCAGCGUGAUUUUUAUGCUUUCCCAAGCUUUGCGAAGCUUUUCUAAAUUGACCCUUUAGGCCCUCGACUGGGUUGACUAGCUCUCGAUCUUCCUGUUUCCAUAAUCGUCCAAUUCAAUCUUACCUUCUUCUUUUCCUUCGACCCGUUGCUUCUUAUUUCACCCUCGUCAACCACACCAACAGCACAUAAUCACAUCUCCCAAAAUGUCGGCUCAGGGUUACUACCAGAACCAACCUCAGUACAACCAAGGACCGCAGAUGGGUUACGGCGCACCGCCGCCGCAAGCACACUACCCUCAGCAGGGCUACGGCGGCCCACCACCGCCACAACAAUACUAUGGCGGUCAGCCGCAGCAGGCUCCCCCGAAGCAGCGCAACAACAAUGGCUGCCUGAUGGCUUGUAUCGCCACGCUCUGCUGUUGCUGCGUGGUUGAGGAGACGGGCGAAUGCGCGCUGGAAUGCUGCGAGUGCUGCUUUGAGAUGUGCUAGAGGGAG